CAGCAACAACACACUGAGCAUUUCACCGCCUGCUUUCGAUGAACAAACACCAGACACUUGGGAUGGCCGAAGUCCCCAAACCGUCUUCUGAACGAGGUGUUGGCUUUAAAAUGGAUGCUGCUAAAGAGAGUGGAAAGUCAUCCAUUAGACCAGAGUUGCCAGCCUCAUCCUGCCUGUCUAUGAAAAGUGAUUCCUCCAAAAAUAUCAUUUUAGAGUUCAACAAGGACGCGGCUAAUAGACCAAUAAAUGUUGAGAAAUCAAACAUACCAACCUCAUCCUGCCUGUCUUUGAAAAGUGAUGCCUCAAAAAACAUCAUUUAUGAGUUCAACAAGGACACAGCUAAUAGACCAAUAAAUGUUGAGAUAUCAAACUUACCAGCCUCAUCCUGCCUGUCUUUGAAAAGUGAUGCCUCCAUAAAUAUCUAUCAUGAUUUCACCAAAGAAGCACCUGGAAGAGGCCAACAUGACUGUCCAGAAUUGGUUGGCAUGGAUGGAAUCGCCAUAUUUAAGAUGGUCGAAGAACACGCCCAGAACGCUUUGCUGUGUGAGAUAAAAAGGUUUAAAGAGAUGCUCUUUCCACAUCUUACACAAUCUUCUGGAAGUGACAAGCCAAAUCAAGACUGUUCGAACACUGAAGAUACAAAUGAAGACACCAGUGCCAGUGAGGGGGCUCUGAAGAUAACACUACACACCUUGAAGAAAAUAGGCCACAAAGCGCUGGCCGACCAACUCGAGAAAAACGUCUAUGGGGAGCUCGAUGUAUGUCAGCGCAAACUCAGACACAAACUGAAAAAGUUUGAAUAUAUUUAUGAGGGAGUGGCCCAGCACGGGAACCAGACACUUCUCAACAAGGUGUACACUGAGCUCUACAUCACAGAGGGAGUCUGUGAGAGUGUUAAUAAUGAACAUGAGGUCAGGCAGAUUGAGGCUGCGACCAGGAGACGGGCAACAGAAGAUCGACCGAUCAAAUGUGAAGACAUCUUUAAGCCCCUGCUUGGACAAGACACAUUCAUCAGAAUUGUGAUGACUAAAGGCAUCGCUGGCAUUGGAAAAACAAUCUCAGUACAGAAGUUUAACCUUGAGUGGGCCGAGGGAAGAGUCAACCAGGAUAUCCAACUCCUGCUGAAUCUUCCAUUCCGGGAGCUCAAUCUGAUGAAGGAGAGACACUACACACUGACGCAACUUCUUCAUCAUUUUCUGGAUGAGGCAAGAGAAUCAGGAAUAUCAAAUUUUGGCAAAUAUAAACUUGCACUGAUAUUUGAUGGGUUGGAUGAGUGUCGGCUUCCUCUGGACUUUGACCACAAUGAGCCCUGCAGCAGUGUCUCAGAGCCAACUUCAGUGGAUGUCCUACUGACAAAUCUCAUCAAGGGGAACCUGCUGCCUUCUGCACACAUCUGGAUCACCUCCAGGCCUGCCGCUGCAAAUCGCAUUCCAGCUGAUCUUGUGAACCGUGUGACGGAGAUACGUGGCUUCAACAACCUCCAGAAGGAAGAGUACUUCAGGAAGAAAAUCUCUGAUCAAGACAUGGCCAGUAGAGUCAUCUCACACGUGAAGUCAAUCAGGAGCCUCCAUAUCAUGUGCCACAUACCAGUCUUCAGUUGGAUAUCUGCCACCGUCCUGCAGAAUAUUUUAGGUGAAACAGAAAGCCUGAAAGUGGAGGAGGAUGGGAAAAAAAGGGACAUGCCUGAGACCCUGACACAAAUGUACACACAUUUCCUGGUGUACAACUCAAUGAUCCGAUCCAGGAAGUAUUCAUCUGAGUCCCAUGGCAAAAUGGACGAUGAGAUGAUCUUGAAGCUUGGAAAACUGGCCUUUGAGCACCUGAUGAAAGGCAACAUGAUCUUCUACGAGAAUGAACUGAAUGAGUACAACAUCAAUGUUAAUGAUGCUGCAAUACAUUCAGGAGUGUUCACACAGAUCUCCGAGAAGGAUUUUGGAGUUCAUCCGGCGAGAGUGUAUUGCUUUGUGCAUCUCAGCAUACAGGAGUUUUUUGCUGCAGUGUAUGUUUUCCACACAUUCGUCUGCUUCGACCAGAACUUGCUGGAGCCUCAAGAAACAACCACAGUCCCAGAGUCUCCCAAUGAAGUGACCAACCUUCUCCAGAGUGCAGUGGACAGAGCCUUGCAGAGCGACAAUGGACAUCUGGAUCUGUUUCUUCGCUUCCUUCUUGGCCUAUCACAGCCAACCAGUCAGAUUUUGUUGAAGAGCAUCCUGACCACAAUGGUGAGCAACUCGCCAAGCAAUGAUGUUAUUGUUGCCUACAUCAAGGUGAAGAUUUGGCAAAAUCCAUCCCCAGAAAGAUGCAUCAAUCUCUUCCACUGCCUCAGUGAGCUGAAUGAUCAGUCUCUAUUGGAGGAAAUCCAGCACUUCCUGAACUCUGGUAGUUUGUCAGAGACAACGCUGUCACCUUCCCAAUGGUCUGCUCUGGUCUUCAUGUUGCUGACUUCAAAGGAAGAGUUGGAUAAGUUUGACCUGAGGGAAUAUUCACGAUCAGAGGAAGGUCUUCUGUGGCUUUUACCAGUGAUCAAAGAAUCCAGAGUAGCCUUGCUUAAAGAAUGCAACCUCACAGACAAAUGCUGCAAAGCCCUCGGAGAGUUGCUAAGCGAUUCAUGUCUGAAAGAGCUGGAUCUGAGUGAUAACGAUCUUCAAGAUUCAGGAUUAGAAAUGUUGUCUGCUGGGCUGGCAAGUCCAACAUGUCAUCUGGAAAAACUGAGGCUGCCUUUUUGUGGAAUAACAGAGGUUGGUUGUGGCUUUUUGGCUAGAGCUCUGAGGUCCAACCCAAACCAUCUGAAGGAACUGGAUCUGAGUUACAACUACCCAGCGCAGUUAGGGAUGGAGCUCUUGUCCUCUGUGCAGCAGGACAUAAAACACCUCACCAUCAGCUUGACCGGCAAUGCAGAGUGCUACUUGAAAUCAUCCCUGAAGAAAUAUUCAUCCCAGCUUACAUUGGAUGUCCAUACUGCCCACUCUCACCUGUCUUUUUCUGAAGACAAGCUAAGAAUGACUCGAAUGGCGACAGCACAGCCGUAUCCUGACAGUCCAGAGCGAUUUACAGACUGGGGACAAGUUAUUUGUAAAGAGGGCUUGUCUGGCCGUUGCUACUGGGAAGUGGAGUGGACUGGUGAACGCACAGGUAUCGGAGUGGCUUAUAAAGGAAUCAGCAGGAAAGCAAAAGGUAACGAGUCAGUCCUUGGCUACAACAAGCAGUCCUGGAGUCUGCGCUACUGUCAUGGUAAAUACACUGCCUGGUACAAUAGGGAUGAUGCGCCCAUAUCUGUCCCCUACUUCAACUCCAAAAGAGUUGGAGUGUUCUUGGACUGGUCAGCUGGAAGUCUGUCCUUCUACGCUGUAUCAUCAAACACCAUGACUCACCUGCAUACGUUCCACGUUCAAUUCUCUGAGCCAUUGUAUCCUGGCUUCAGGUUAGGAGUUGCAGAUACUUCUUUAAAUCUGUGCCAGCAAUAAUACCUUUAAAUUCUGUUAAAGAUGCACAUAGCAUAAGUCAAGGACAACAUUGCUAUGUAUGCUAACCCUAGAAGGAUUUCAGAUUUGUUGUUUGAACAUGCAUUUUCCAUCUUCAUGUAAGAUCAACUCCUAGUAACUAAGUAUUACUACGAAGCAACUCACACUGGGUGAUUUUAUCAAUAGUUUGUUGAAAACAUUUGACAAAAGAAGUCACGUUUAAAGAAAGAAUUUGCAAAAAUGUUAAACAUAAAUAUAGCAGAAAUCAAGUCUAUCCUCUGUAAAUGUCUCUCUGAGUCAUGACUCUCUACAAUGAGUGAGAAGAAAGAGUCCCGCUUGCUGUGUUGUUGUCGGAGCCGUGUUUACAUCAUGUUGACUUGGACGGGACGGCCGGCUCCUCCCCUUGAGUAUAAAAGCUGUUUUAGUCAAGGAAUAGAGAAAAGAAGAAGAACAUACUCACUGCUUAUUUGAAUGUCACUUUUGCAUUUUUAGAUCACAGUCAUUCCGUGUAAAUUUACAUGCAAUGGGAAGCUAAAAGCUAACUAAAGUGAGCUAACAUUAGCCUGCUAACACAACGAUGCAGGCCACAGGCUGUUGCAGCUCGAGCAAAGGACAAUUGCGCUGGGCUCAUUCAUAAGAAAGUGAGGGGAGGGGGGUUGGAGGUGUGUCGCUGAGGGAGAGCGGAGGCUUCAGUAUGCGAAGGUGUGGCAUCUAGCAAUCACCAAGCUAGCUGUUUGCACUUAGUUAACAUCUUUGCACUGAAAACUCCUCUGGAAUAUCUAUACGGCUGUGUUCGAUAAGUCACUUCAUUCAAGUAAAAAACACAUUUCAGACAUGUAUACACUCAUAUAUGAGUAUCAUUGAGUUAUACUGUAUUUACUGUAAUCUUUAAGAGCCCAUAUUAUGCCCUUUUUGGGGUUCGUAUAUUUAAUCUAUGUACCUACUAAAGUAUUUUCACAAUAGCUAAAGUUCGAAAAAAGUGUCUGUUGUCAUGUACUGCUGCUCCAUGCACCGGCUCGCUUCUGACUCUCUCGCUAAGGCUCUGAAGUGCCCACGUUCAGAGUCCCCACAGGUGCCAAGUCUGAUCUGAUUGGUCGGCCUGUCGGCUCUGCCGUAAUUGGUCAGUCGCUCAGCCACUCUGGCUCCGAGGGCCGGGGAGCAAAAACAUUAGCACCUUAGCACUGUACUGUGCUACCGCAGGCAUGUCGUGGGCGUGCUACAGAAGUUAACGGGCGUGCAACAUGAGCUGCUGGGCUUGCCACAACAAGCCAGUGGGCUUAGAUCAGUGAUAUCACACUGACAAGACGUCACACUGACAAUUUUUUUUCAAGGGGGGCUAGAACCGAGCGUUACAUACAGCUAACAGGAGGAUGUAGGAGAAGCCGCGUUUCCGCGGACAUUGAAUUUUUGCAAAUAGAUGUGCCUAAACAUGCACAGGACACAUGGAAAACACACUAAAGGACAUAUAAAACCAGAAAAAGCAUAAUAUGGGACCUUUAAACAUGCAUCAUAUGUCCGUAUCUUAUAUGUCUUCAUAUUUGUUUUAAUGUUUGUUCAGGUUUAAAGCUUUAAGGUUUAUUAAAUGUCACUUAAUUGAUCAGGAGCUUGUGUUAAAAGUUAUAAAGAAAGGCACUUAGGUGGAUCUUGUCAUAAAUGUUUUGUUUUAAACAUUUGUAUUUAUUUAUUUUACUUACAAAAUACAAGGCACUUAAAGAAAGCAUGAAAGCAACUGUGUAGGGGCCUAAAAAUGGCUUCUAUCAAAACCACUACCAGAAGACAAAUAAAGUUAAUAAAGAACCACUAAAACUAAAUAGAUAUCAGACAUCACAUAUCAAGUGCAGGCAUUUAGUAUGAUUUUUUUUCUGAACAAAGAAACAGUGUAUUGUACUUUAUGUUAUUUUGAGAAUUUUUGUCAUGUGAAAAUAAUGUUCUUUAAUUACAUUAAAAAAAACCCUCACCCUCAGUAACUUAUAGGGGUGCUAAACAAAGCCGUGUACUGGGGUGGCCCAACUGGGACAGUACUGACUUGUGCAGGGAUGGUCUGAAUCAACUUUUAAGUAACACAAGAUAAUGGCAACAUAUACAUCUUCUAAGCUUAAUUCUUCAAGUAAAAAAUAAAAGUAUAUCCAAAUUCACAAUUUUAAAGUCAAACAUUGGCACACUGAAAACUAUGAGCUGCCUUUUGCAACACAGCCUGAAUGAUGGAUUUAACAUAAGUGCCACAUCUGGCAAGGCAAAUGACCAAUUGGCGUGCCACCGGGGCUGACCAAUAAGAUUUCAAGGGGGGCCAGUGCCACCGCUGGCCACCUCUCUGGAAAUGCCCCUGGUGCUGAAUCCUCAACCAAAAGAAGUAUCAAGGGUUUUUUCAGGACAGCACACCAAAAUCUUAUAUUUCCACUUUUUUAUUUAUUUUUAAAUAAUGCCCUACAGCUUAUUGAGAACAAUUAUUUAUUUAUUUAAUAAUUAUUUGUCACGAUGAGUAUGAAGUGUGUAACUGAUGCAACACACCACCUUAUUUACAGUCUAAGAUAAUAUGCGAUACAUGUACCUACAAUGACAUAAAUGAUUGAAUGUAUGCACUUUAAGAUAUAUAGCAUGGGAUAAUUCUGUUAGUUCAUAUGAAGUCUAUGACAAAAAUCUGUUGAACAUGAAUGUACAAGUAUGAGAAACAUGUAUUUUACUAAAUGGACCAAACAUUUAAAGGGAACACACACAAAAAUAAUAAAGGUUGUUUAUCUAA